AUCCACACAAAUACCAUAUGAUAUCCCGUUGUGUAGUCGCCCGUCUCGGUGUAAUGCAAGCACCCGUCUCUGUGCGGGAGUUUACAUACAGACGCUUGAUCGGUAUCAAGGUGCAGGUCUCGGGUAGGAGCAUCAGCAAUUCGAUUUAGGCACAGGGGACAUAUACCACUAAACUGCUAACGAGUAGAAUGACGGGUAAGUGCAUGAUGGGAGGGGUAGCUUUGGGUAAAUGACACGAUAUAGCACACUGCGAGUGGUUGAGGUGUUUCUGAUGAUGUAUCAGGAUUGUGAGUGGAAGUUAACCGAAUGAGUGAGAUAAGAGUUAGUGAUGAGGUGAGGUUUGCAUUUUGCCAGGUGGUCAAACGAAUGCAAUGUACAAUGACCACGUUAUCACAAAAAGAACUCAUUAUAACGAGUCAGGUCUAGUCAUACUGGAGUUCUGGCUAUACACCAUCUUGCAACUAUUCACUGAAUCAAGUGGUUCAUUGAUAUGUUGCUGGACUGAUUCAAUAUGGAUGUAGCAUCAUGCCCGUUAUCACUACCCUAGACCAUAGUCUUGUAGAUCACAUUUUCCCUACUGUAACUCCCCCCCACGCUUCAGACCCUCAUCAAAGAUCAUCACCAUGGUCCCGUGAGAGGUCACCACACCCACCAUGUCCCCCUCACUGUCUGUCUAACUGUGUCCAGACGCGCCCUUUUCCCUGUCUGUCUCUCUGUGAAGCAUGUCAUUCCAAAACGCAAGGGUCUCAAAGUUCCUGCAGAAGCACCAAUCGAAAUGCGACCUUAUCAAGUGCGUCACAUGGCACGGCACGAGAACGAGACAUCAUCCAACUCAGGCGCCACCUCCGCAAUAUUUCCCCUCUCUGAUUGCAGCAGAAUUGUUCUGUGCAGUAUUCCCUCCUAGCAUUUGUGCGCUAGAAUGCAAAUAGACAAGACUCGUCGUUAUCACACGAGAAACACUGAACUAACGGGAAACGUGGAAGAUAGCAACAUUGAUCGAGGUCACGGGAGAGGGGGUGUGACCUGGUAAUCGAUAAUGAUUCAACAUCAAUAUUCCCUAUCACCAAGCUAACUCUGACCAGAGCUGAGCUAUCUGCUGUAUCUUACGGACCAGAGAUAGCUGCGUUUCGACUAGACAAGCCAGCAUGCAAACGUGCAUAGACAUGGCUGGUAAUAAUCUCUUUCAUGCAAGACGAUCCCAUAAUGUAUAGGAGCCUCAAAAGAAAAUGUCGUCAGAGAGCCUGGCCCAAGCCAUCGGAUCUAUGACAACACUGCCACCAACACACACACACACAGAAGCAUCGUGUUUGCUAGUUGGUGGCUGGUGUUGAAUACAGACCUUUAACUAACGGGGCACCAAAGGUGCGGCUCGGGGAGUGCGAGCGCUUGCUGUAAUGAACAAAGAAUGGAGAACCUGUCCAACGCAAAACGAUAAAAGGUUUGUCAUCCUUUUCACGGUGUAGCCGCUGGCUUUUAUGAAGCCACCGACGAAGCCGAGUCCAAGCCUGGAGAAAUCCGGGGUAAUUAGUCAAACCACCAAGCGAGGUUGAGAGCGACGGGGUUCAGCGUCUAGCGAGAGUGCAGUGUCGUCUGCGACAAGUGAGAGAGCGAGAGGGGUCAGCCAAGACUGAAGCUCUGUUGGUGUAACAUGACACGCCGUGACGGCCUCUUCUGGUUAAGCAUCAUACCACUCAUAGUAGGGGUCAAAGGCCGAACAAUAUGACAGGUAAACUCGAGAAUGGCGUUGGACAAUGGCCAUCCAGCAUUUCCUCUCGUACUGUAGCCAGCCGCAACUCUGCAGCUAGAGACACAGCUACAGGACGGCACGCAAGCGCCCCGCAGUUCAUCUCAUGCACAGCAACACGACCAGUCUCUUUUGUCACUUUUCAGCGCCCUUCUCCUACUUUCUCUCCCUCUCCCUCUCUCCAACACUUGAACAAACGUUGGAGUUCCCCACGUCUAGCGGCGCAGCACAAGUCUGGGGUUGCUCAGACGUGAUUGGCUAGCUUUAAAAAUUGUUGCGUACAAUACAAUGCGACCUUGUGGCGAUCUCAGCUGGCAGAGCUGCAUAGCAAAUGGGGGUAAUCUCAAGACGGACAACACCAUAAAGAAAAAAGAAAACUUCUCUGAUAGACGAGAGAAACCGGUCAGCUGCGAUGAAACGCAACGAUAUGCAAACUUGGACUCGCCCCCUCGCAAUCAAUCAUUGAGUUGAGGCUGCCUGAGUCUUGCCACACGCCUGUUUCUGUCCCUCCCUGGAACGAGUAAAAGCUCAUGGUUGUUGUACAACCUGAAGUCAAGUUCUUACUUGGACUGGCUUUUCGUACAUAUUGUACUGUACGUACAGUACAACAAAAAGUCUGUGUCUCUCCCGUUUAAGCCGCCAGCACUCCAAGCGAGGGCGGCCGAAGCGGAUCUUCGAUGGUCCCGACGCAGGCCUGUCGAUUAUGCUCCUCUCCUUCUUCUCAUU